GCCCCGAGCUCUCCAGCCGGCGGUGCCGGCCCGGGCGGGGCCGCUCCCGGAGCACACACGAGGCCCGUGACCGGAGGUGGGCGGUGCGCUGGGGCCGCUUCCUGCGGCGGCGGUGCGGGCAGCCCGGCAUGGAGCAGGCUCCCCCAGGUGUGUUUCAGGAGGAGCUGGAGUGGUGCAUUUCACAACUGGAGGCAGAUCUGCAUCUCCCUCCGCACCCCAAACUAGCAGAGGAGACCCAACACAUUUUCAAGGUCCUGCACUCCCCUGCAGCUCCUCUCACAGAGAACCAACAAGUGAUGAGCAAUGAGUUUGGGGAUUGUCGUCUCAAGAUGGAUGAGGGUCAGAAGAGCAUUGAGAAAGGCAUGACCCCUGAUGAUGUGGAAGUACAGCCAGGCAAGGGACAGACUGCAGAUGGUGUGAAACAGCCUGAGCCAACCCCUGAGGCAAAGCCUGAGUUGUUCACAUCAUCUGGCAGCAGCUUCCGAUUUGAUUUUCCACUUUCCAAGACUGACCCAGAAGCUGACCCUGGUGACAGUGGUGCUGAGCAGGUACAAAACAAUGUCAGAGCCACCAAGCAGGAGAACUGGAAUGGCCCCUUGAGGUUUGCUGCCUCUGGACAAGAACCCAGGUUUGCUUUCAACUUUGCCAUCCCAGAUGAAGACUGUCCUCAUCUUCAGUUACUUCCAGGAAGCCAACAUACAGAGGACACAGCAGAUUCUUCACUGCCUGCUGAAUCAGCAGCUCUGCCACAGGCUGCAGCCUUGCAGGAGCCUGAGGUGACUCAAGUGACAGGGAAUGCACCCAAAGAGGAUAGAAGCCAUGUCACAUCAAAGAUCCCCCAAACAGAGACAGCCUCUGCAGAUGAGGCAAUGACAGAGAAAUCAACAGGAGGUGGAGCUGCCAAGAAGAAAAAAAAGAAGAAACAAAAAGCACCUGUCAGUAAAAACAAAACAGAAGAAACUGAGACCAGCAGGAAGGCAAAGGCAGAAGCUAACAGCUGUAAAAUUACAGAUACUUCCCAUCAGGAUGAGAAGACCUCUCAGCAGUCAGAUGAGCAGCUGUGGAAAGAGGUGGACUGGUGUGUGAACCAGCUGGAACUCGGCUUGAAGACACAGAAACCCACUCCAAAGCAGGCUGAGGAGGCUCUCAGGGCCAUCAGGACCCUGCGCAGUGACAAGGCUCCCCUGGUGAAGAAGCGUCAGCUCAUGAGAGCCAUGUUUGGAGACUACAGGAAGAAGAUGCAGGAGGAGCUGUGCAGAGGGCUGAAGCUUAUGGAAACAGCUGCAAAAUCUGCCAGGAUCAUGGACUUGAGGGGAAGCAGCCACAAGAACGGCCAGUUCAUCCGGAAGUGCUUGGGAGUUUGCAGGAAGAGUCAAGGUUCAGCAGAAUCCUCUUCAGAGUCACACAGGACACUUAACAACGGCUUAUUCAAUUUCACAGCUCCCCAAGAAUUUCACUUUAAUUUCUUCUAGAAAAGUCACUUUGACUAAAACUGUGCCAGAUCUCCUGUAAACUGAAGAAUGGUGGAAAGGUGUUGUGCAGUAGGAAAUGUCAUGUGUGAAUCUCUGAAUCUUCUUCCAGGGUGCCUUAUCUAGAAGUUUAAAUCAGAUCUGCCUACUAUGCAUACUCAGCCUACAUAAGUGCUCCUCUGUGCUCACACUGGAGAAAGGCACCUUUGAAGGGCUCAGCAGUGUGGAAGGAUCUGCUUUCUGUCCUGUAGAAUUGACAUCAACUGUAGAAUCUGUCUUCUAUACCAUGAGAUUUUUCCCUUUCUCCCAUUGCUUUUAAAUAGAGCAGAGCCUUUCUAGCAGCCAAGGUGUCAAUGCAUACAGCAGGGAAUGGUUUGGAAUCAAGAUCCAGAGCAGUGAAUAGCUGGGUGCUUCCACUCCCCAAGUCUGUGUGAAUGCAGCUUCUGGCAUUCAGCAAAUACCAGCAGUGUGUCAUCCCUGACAUGGAGGAGCACGAGCUCAGGGUCUUUGGGGAAAAGUGAGACCCAUUUUUGCUCAUUCAUCUCUUUCAUUGACAGGUACAGACCUAGAAUAAAACUGCACAUCAUGAUUUAAUCCAGCCUAGAGAUGUAAGGACAGUUGUUUCCAUUAAAACUGGGAAAUUUUUUGUUGCUGAAGCCAGGUUCUGAACAGCUAGGAAGGAUGUACAAUCAACUCUUAAAUAAAGUUUACUUUAUUAGUAGCUCAGUUACGACCACUAGUGCCUCAGAGAGAAAAUUAGUGCAUGCCAGCCUUGGGUGGUCAUAAAAUAAACUGUCACAGCCCAAAGACUCUUCCAUUUGAUUUGUAUUAAAUUUUGGCUUUUUGAA